AUGUCUCUUGUGCCGAUGUCAACGCAUCCUUCCUUCUAUCCCAGAGCCGACCCUCUGGGCAUCCCUGCCAUCCGUCCAAUGGUUGAUUUUUCUGGUCGUGGAGUGGGCAAUGCCAUGACCCCGCUGCCCCCCUUGGAUUUGCCGACACCUGUCAUGGGAAUGCACAAGAAUGAAACCCCCCGUUUUGUUCCAUCGGGGGGGCUCCCGGAGAAUGCCCCCGCUGUCUGGAGGAGCAGCGCCCCGGCUCUGAUGCAGCCCCCUGUGUGGGGGGGCAACGCCCCCGCUCUCAUGCAGCCCGCUCUCAUGCAGCCCCCUGUGUGGGGGGGCAACGCCCCCGCUCUCAUGCAGCCCGCUCUCAUGCAGCCCCUGGGCCUCCCGGAGAAUGCCCCCGCUCUGAUUCAGCCCGCCCGUGGGGCUCCCAGGCAAUGCCCCCGCUGUCUGGAGGAGCAACGCCCCCGCUCGCUCUCAUGCAGCCCCUGGGGCUCCCGGAGAAUGCCCCCGCUCUGA